UUCACCAAACUCUCACACCCUUCAAUCAAAAACCCCACCCAUUUUUCUUUCGCCCUCCAUUUCAUUUCAAGAUCUCUCUAUUCUAUUCUCUUCUCUCCUCUUCUCUCGCUCUCCGUAGAUCCUUCAUUUUACGCGCUCUCUUUACAGCAUCUGUUUCUGUAUCUGUAUUUGUUUCUAUUGCUAGAUCUUUACCGCGUUUUACGGAUCUGUAUUUUUUCAAUUUUGGGGCUACCUACAUUGUCUUUCUUUUCUCUCUCCUAGGGUUUUAUUUAUUUUCUGCUCUUUUGGAACUCGAAGCUGAGGUCAUGUGAUGGCUUCGUGGUAGCUAUUUAUAAUCAUGGAGUGUUUUAUUGUGGCGACGGAGUGUGAUGGAGAGGUUUUCCGGCGGCAAGUGGUUCGACGAAACCAAAGGAAGCUACGGUCAGUCUCCAGCGAGGUGGUUGAGCUGGACAGUGUUGUUUGUUGACAAUGUUCUGUUUGGAUUUCGGUUUAAAGCGAGAAGAUGCCUACUUUAACUCUCCUUAUUCUUCACCUCCUCAGUUUUCUUUCCUCAUGUUUAGGGCAUUCUUUAUUCCACAUAUACUUACCUCCUUCUGUACACUCAAAUCAGCCGUCAUCAACUAGAGUAGUCUUAGUAGAACAUGCAGCUAGGGGAAUUUCCAUGAGGUUGUUAUUUCCAAAAUCAAGGCGAAGCCGAACACGUGUUGUUAAGCCUUUGCUGGGACCUUAUCUGGCACCCGCACCUUCUCCUAUCCAUCAAGCCUUCGUUGCAGGUCCUAGGAUUCAUCCAAUUCCAAGGCAUCGUCAUGGUGGUCAUCAUCAUCAUGCGAAGCCUCGUGUGGUCACUCCAUCUACUUCUGAAGGACAAGGUUGUGAUCAAAUUUGUGUGGAGCCAUUUACUGCUGCUCCCUAUGGUUCACCUUGUGGUUGUGUGUUUCCCAUGAAAGUCAAGCUUCUUUUGGAUGUAGCUCCUUAUGCUGUUUUUCCUGUUAUGAAUGAGCUUGAGAUUGAAGUUGCAGCAGGAACUUAUUUGCAACAGAGUCAAGUGAAAAUUAUGGGUGCCAGUGCUGAUAGUCAAAAUCAGGGAAAGACAGUUGUAGAAAUGAACUUGGUUCCACUGGGAGAUAAGUUUGAUAACACCACUGCUAAUCUGACAUAUGAAAGAUUGGUGCAUAAGAAAGUUCCUUUGAAUACAACUCUCUUCGGUAAUUAUGAAGCCAUUUAUAUAAGUUAUCCAGGGCUUCCUUCUUCUCCCCCAUAUGGGAGUUACAUGGGGAGUGGUCCUAGUGGAAGUGUUGGAGGCCUCCCUAUCACUGCAAAUUUUGUCAAUAAAAGCCAGAGGAUGAAUCUGAGAACCAUUUGCAUCAUUGCUUUGUCUGCAUUUGUAGUAUUACUGGUGUUCAUUGGAGCAAUCGCCAUCCUUGUAAAAUGGAGGAAGGCUAGAAGGCCAUCAAAUGCUGUGGGUCCAGCAUUUACAUCAUCUAUAAACAAAAGAUCUGGCAUUGGGUCUAUUUUAUCUAGUAGUAUGGCGAGCUCGACCUCAGUGUCCCUGAUGUCCACUAUGGCUACUUGUAUUCUCUCUGUUAAAACAUUUUCGCUUUCUGAGCUUGACAAGGCUACUGAGAAAUUCAGUUCAAAGAGGAUUUUGGGGGAAGGAGGGUUUGGACGUGUUUAUCGUGGUACUAUGGAAGAUGGAAUGGAAGUUGCAGUUAAGUUGCUUACAAGGAAUAAUCAAAAUGGGGACCGUGAAUUUAUUGCCGAAGUAGAGAUGCUAAGCAGAUUACAUCACCGUAAUCUUGUGAAAUUGAUUGGUAUAUGCAUUGAAGGACGCACACGCUGCUUGGUUUAUGAACUUGUUCAUAAUGGCAGUGUUGAGUCCCACUUACAUGGUGUUGAUAACAAAAGAGGACCUCUUGACUGGGAAGCACGUAUGAAGAUUGCCCUUGGAGCAGCAAGAGGAUUGGCUUAUCUUCAUGAAGAUUCUAACCCUCGUGUGAUCCACAGAGAUUUUAAGGCUAGCAAUGUUUUACUAGAAGAUGACUUUACACCGAAGGUCUCAGAUUUUGGAUUGGCCAGAGAAGCAACUGAAGGCAGUCAUCAUAUUUCUACUCGCGUCAUGGGAACUUUUGGGUAUGUAGCCCCGGAAUAUGCAAUGACGGGUCAUUUACUCGUGAAGAGUGAUGUUUAUAGCUAUGGGGUUGUGCUACUUGAGCUUCUGUCUGGAAGAAAACCUGUGGAUAUGUCCCAACCUGAGGGACAAGAAAAUCUUGUAACUUGGGCACGACCUCUACUGACCAGUAGAGAAGGUUUGGAGCAGUUGGUGGAUCCUUCCUUGGCUGGAAGUUAUGACUUCGAUGACAUGGCAAAGGUGGCAGCCAUUGCUUCCAUGUGUGUUCACCCUGAGGUGACUCACCGACCAUUUAUGGGUGAAGUUGUGCAGGCUCUGAAAUUGAUAUAUAACGACACAGAUGAAACCUGUGGGGAUUGCUGUAGCCAAAAGGAGUCUUCUGUUCAAGAUUCUGACUUUAAAGGUGAGUUUGCACCAUCAGAUAGCAGUUGGUGGAAUGCCGGCGCACUCACUCCGCGAUUAAGAUAUGGACAGGCCUCUUCUUUCAUAACAAUGGAGUACAGUUCUGGUCCACUUGAAGAUGUGGAAAACAGAGCGUUUUCAGCUUCAAGUUUGGGCGGGGAUGGCGUGUCUUUACCAAUUAGGCAUGGGAAUAGAUCAGGCCCCUUGCGAACAGUCCGAAGUAAAGCAAGCUUUUAUAGGUUAAGAGGGAGUAUGAGUGAACACGGGGGACUCCUUUCUAGGCAUAUUUGGAACGAAGGAUCUUGGGCUUGAGGUUUCUUUACUGAGUGUUUUUUUUUUUUUUUAAUUGUACAGUUAAGGCCCUGGGUUUUUCAGUAGUAAGAGGUCAAUUGGCCUCUGAGAUUCUUGCGGUUUUCAUGUUUGGCCCUUGGCUUCUAAUUUUGAAGGUCUUGAUUCAUUAGUAUACGAAGUUGGAGGUGUAAGUUGCAUACUCCUUGUAUUAUAUUUCCGCUAAAAAAUUAUUCUUGGAUCCAUGCUGUAUCAA